CGCGUGCUCUUCCGAUCUGCAAGGGUUGCCAUCAUGGGAGUUGACAUCCGUCACAACAAGGACCGGAAGGUUCGCCGCAAGGAGCCCAAGAGCCAGGACAUCUACCUGCGCUUGCUGGUCAAGCUGUACAGGUUUCUGGCCAGACGAACCAACUCCACCUUCAACCAAGUUGUGCUCAAAAGGUUGUUUAUGAGUCGCACAAACCGGCCUCCCUUGUCCCUCUCCCGGAUGAUUCGGAAAAUGAAGCUUCCUGGCCGGGAGAACAAAACAGCUGUGGUCGUAGGGACGGUCACGGAUGACGUGCGUGUUCUAGAGGUGCCCAAGCUGAAGGUGUGCGCGCUGCGUGUCAGCAGCCGGGCCCGCAGCCGCAUCCUCAAGGCCGGUGGCAAGAUCCUCACCUUUGACCAGCUGGCCCUGGAGUCCCCCAAGGGCCGUGGCACUGUGCUGCUAUCUGGUCCUCGGAAAGGCCGGGAGGUGUACAGGCAUUUUGGCAAGGCCCCAGGAACCCCACACAGCCACACCAAACCUUAUGUCCGCUCCAAGGGCCGGAAGUUCGAGCGUGCUAGAGGACGGCGUGCGAGCCGCGGCUACAAAAACUAACUACCCCAGAUUUUGUCUUAUUAAAAAGUUUUUGGAUGCUGACA